CUGGCCUGCUUCUAGACAGCAGCCGAGGGACCCUUAGCGCUCAGAGGGAGGAGACAGCUGUCCUUCGGCCCUCCCACCGGCUAUAAGACCAGAGACAGACGGAAACACUCAGACUGCAGGCACACGUGGAGCAAAGAGGCAGAGAAAGAGGGAGAAAGACGAGAGAGAGACCAAUAGAGAGCAAGAGAGCGUCAAGCUGCUGGCACAGGGUAGUUUUUGCUAGUUUGGCUUUUGGGAUUGAAACAGAGCAAAUAUAGAAACCAAGGAGAAAGAAAGACGCUCAGAGAAGCAAAGAAAACAUGCCAUUAUAAAUUUUGUUCAUCCCUAAGGAAUAACUGAAGGAGAAACUGAUCUCUGGGAUGUGAAGUGUUUUUGUAUAAACCAAGAGAGAACAGCAACAAGAAGGACGUGGAACCUGCAGCCACCUGCGACAGCGGCUCUGAGGUCAAGGUGCUUUGACCUCUGCUUUAGGAUCAACUUGCUGAUGCCUCACUGUCAGUAAAAGCAGGUUCUGAGCUAACCCUAACGUAGACUUAAGAGAGAGACAUCUGAUUUACCUGGCGUAAAAAGCUUUGCAACUGGUGGACACUUUCAGUUGGUGCAUUGACGAACUCAGCUCAGCAACUUCUGACAACAAACCUCAACAGCAAGCUCUUUGCCCUGAGGAAGCCUCCACAGGACUGACCAGUAGCUGCUGCAACAACGAUGACAUUUGCGAUGCUGCGCACGGCGCCUCCAGCAGGCCGCUUCCUGUACGGCGACAUCGCCCUCCUCUCUGAAGACGAAGACGAGAACGGCAGCGAGGGGUCGGGCUCCGAGGAGCGCUCCACCAACUCCUCCAACUCGGCAGCCUUUCGCCUGUCCUCCUCGUCCCCAUCUGCCUUUCACAUCAAGGUGAACAGGAAGAGGAAGCUGUGCGGGGGCGGAGGAGGUGGAGGGGGCGGAGGCAUGGGGGGCAUGGGGGGCAUGGGGGGCAUGGGGGGCAUGGCGGGGAGGCUGGGCCCCCCAGGCACAUCUCCCGUCGGGGAAGUUCGCCAGAGGACUGCAGCCAACGCACGGGAGAGAGAUCGCACCAACUCUGUCAACACGGCAUUCACGGCACUGCGCACGCUCAUCCCCACCGAGCCUGCAGACAGGAAGCUGUCAAAGAUCGAGACGCUACGUUUGGCCAGCAGCUACAUCAGCCAUCUGGGGAACGUGUUGCUUCUGGGCGAAGGGCUUCACGACGGACAGCCAUGCCACGCUCCCUCACCGCCGUUCUUCCACGUCAGCUCCUCCCCCAGCCGAGGAUCCGACCAAUCCGCUCAGCCCAAGCACAUCUGUACUUUCUGCCUCAGCAACCAGAGAAAAAUGAACAAAGACAGAGACAGGAAGACGGCCAUCCGAAGCUAACAAUGAGGACACAAACCGCACGGAUAAAAUGCUCAUCACUUUCAUCACAGUGCCUUCAGUGAUUUUUACAAUCGCUGCAACUUGAAGACGAACCAGACGUGCGACGCGUUUCAGAGACUUUCUGAGGACUUUUAUAGCACUUCCAGGACUUUGCAAGGAACUUUUUGAUUACUUUGUGUAUCGCUUUACAUGAACUUUUUUUUUUUUUUUUACAUUUUCAGAAGUUCAGCAGUACUUUCACAUGCUUAUCAAGGCCGUCAUGAACCUUUCAGCAACACUUUUAAGAGACUUUUUACUGUAUUGUUCAGUGACUGAGUCUAAAGAACUUAUG